CCCGCCAAUCACAUCGAACAAAGCGUCCUAAGAUGACGUCAUCCCCGGUACCGAUGAGCAACCGGUAGCUUUUGAGAAGACUAGUGUGCUUUCUGUCGUUUCUGACUUUGUCCGUUAAUACCCCUACCCGGAGAUUGUGCAAGCAUCAUGCCUUUCGAUGUCAGAAGGUUCGAUAUCUACAGGAAAGUGCCAAAAGAUCUCACCCAGCCCACAUACACAGGCGCUUUCAUUUCCAUCCUCUGCUGCGUCGUCAUACUCUUCCUCUUCCUCUCGGAGCUGACAGGAUUCAUAGCCACUGAAAUUGUAAAUGAACUGUAUGUGGAUGAUCCAGAUAAAGACAGUGGUGGGAAGAUAGAAGUGAGUUUAAACAUCAGUUUGCCAAACUUACACUGUGAUUUGGUGGGUUUGGACAUCCAAGAUGAAAUGGGCCGCCAUGAAGUCGGCCACAUUGACAACUCUAUGAAGGUUGCCCUCAACCAUGGAGCUGGUUGUCGUUUUGAAGGGGAAUUUGCUAUCAACAAGGUGCCAGGAAACUUCCACGUGUCCACACACAGUGCCACAGCCCAGCCCCAAAGUCCUGACAUGACUCACACAAUCCACAAGCUGGCAUUUGGAGAGAAGCUUCAGGUACAAAAAGUCCAAGGUGCCUUUAAUGCUUUAGGAGGAGCAGACAAGCUGGCGUCUAAUCCUUUGGCCUCACAUGACUACAUCCUGAAGAUCGUGCCAACAGUUUAUGAAGAUCUGUCGGGCAAGCAGAGGUUCUCCUACCAGUACACGGUGGCCAACAAGGAAUAUGUUGCCUACAGCCACACAGGCAGGAUCAUACCGGCCAUCUGGUUCCGAUAUGACCUCAGUCCAAUCACAGUCAAGUACACGGAGAGGCGGCAGCCCCUUUACCGGUUCAUUACUAGUAUCUGUGCCAUCGUUGGAGGGACUUUUACAGUGGCGGGCAUCAUUGAUUCAUGCAUAUUCACCGCAUCAGAAGCCUGGAAGAAGAUCCAGAUUGGAAAAAUGUCCUAGGACUGAACUUGGAUCCGACCCAUCCCCACACCUGUCUACACCCCUCCGUGUUUUAUUUAUAAGAGCAAAGUAGCCCGUUAUCUAAAUCCAAUCCUGCUUCUUUGUAGAGAAUGUAUCACUGUGACCCGUGAAGGGGUACAAAGCACAGAACCAUCCGCCUCCCGGUUUCCAUCUCAGUUAGCAAUACUGCCUUCAGUGGUCUCUGGUGACGCGGGAAUCCCGAUGAUCACGUCUGCUUCCUCUGGCCAAGCUUUAGAGAGUGGCGGGGAUCAGCCGAUGAAGGUACAGAAAGUCUUUAUCCAUUUGGUACUUCUAUAUAUGUUAAGUUUUUGGAUUUUGUUUUGUUUUCAAGCCAAGCCCAUUUGUAAACAGUUUUUCAGUCACUGUAAAAUAUGAUGUGUGCUUUUAAAUGUUUCCACAAUCAUCCUCACGUUGAGUUGCCGCCAUAGAAGCUGUACUCUUCCCACGCUAUUCACACAGAAUCGAAAAUCUGCAAGUAAUUUUUGCCCUUCCUAAAAUUGUUGACAGUCGCCUAGCCAAUGUUAUUUUGAGAUAGGAGUUGAAUUCAUUCCGUGACCACACUCGUAACUACGGAGCACGUUCCAGCGGAGAAUUUCCCAUAUCGUGCCUGACAUAUUGUCGGGAAUGACAAAAAAACGAUUUUGCACCAGAGGACCCGGACCAUGCCAAAAUGAAAAAUGUAUCAUGUUUGACUUUUAGGAUGUUUUCCAUGUAGUAUGACUCCUUCCACCACAGCCCCGUGACUUGUACUAACAGGAUUGUGUCUCAGUCUUCUAUCUCAAAGGUUUUGGGUUCAACCCUGAGUCUCCUCUGACCAUGUCCUAGUGUACUUGAGCAAAAUAUUGAACCCCCGGUUGCUCCUGAUGCGGUGUAGUUGGCAGAUCAAUGAGCAGCCAUUGUUUGAGUUUUGAGUACCAUGAAUGUAGAAAAGCGCUGUACAAGUGAAACCCUAUUUACAUUUACAUACAUAGAUGUCACACGACAGGCCUGAGCACAAUAACCGUGGCUAUGUUGGUUUUUCAGUAAAUAGUGGAGAAUAGGACAAAAAAAAAUCACCAGAUAGGUGAAUUUGCAAAUUACAAUAAUACAGGGAUUGCUGUACUUCACAGUAAAUGUGGCGCUUAUCCCCCUUCUCUUACACACACAUUCACCAAUGCAAUUUUUUUUAAAAAAACAUUUUACCAGCCCAUCAUUUCCAUUCAAUGUUUUUAUCUUUUUUUCAGCCGAAUUUUCUCAACAUUUCCCAGACAUUAAAAAAAAAGAAAAACAUUCUAACACUAAGAAUGCCAUAUUAAGUCGUUGCAUUCAGAUGAAGACUUGACAAUUAAACGGCAUAAAUAUUGCCUUUUUUGAUGAUCUAAGCAAUUGUUUAUGACGUGUUUUUUUUUUCCCCAUGAGGAUAUGGAAAGACUCCAGAUGUAGAAACUGCUGUUGCAUCUGUUGCAUAAAUGAUCAUGUGAGAAUUUUGGCACAAAGCUGUUAAAAAUUACUUUUCCUCAUUGUUAUUUUACUUCUUUUUUUGUUCCAUUUCUGUGGCCACAGUGCUCCUUCAGUUGUUUUUUUAAGUUCCCUCAAAGCAAACCAAGUACUGUUCUGCUUUUGUUUUUUUUUUUUUUUUUUGACAGAUCACUUCCUAUGUUACAAAAACACUGAGGUCACCCAUUUCCCAAUUUGUAGUCAAUUCUUGUAUUUGAUAAAGGUGGCAAUGAAGUUACUGUCAUUGACAAAGAUUGUUGAUGAAAUGAUAUAUUUAUUUUUUGACAUUUAGGGCCCCCCAAAAAACCCUAAACUUUUCGUUAGUUUCUUUAAAGAGACAAUUUGACUCCUGGUCCCAUUCACAAAUAGGUACUUUUGUAGUCUGGAAAGCAGACAAUAUGUUUGUUCAUUUCAUAAUAAAAGCUCAGAAGCUGAAA